AACAUCAAGCUGAACAUGCACUUCCGUGGCUCGAUUGUUUCAGUUUUGGUGGGCGGCGUGUUGACGUGGCGUGGAGUCUGGGGACAAUGUCUGAGCCAAAUUCUGCCACGGCUGCUGCUCAGCAGCUGUACUGGUCCAGUGUUCAUGACACUUGGGUUACCAGGCUGUUCAUCAACCUGCUUGGAUACAGCUCCAUUAUCAUACCAGGCUACCUGUUGAUCAAGUACUUCAAAAGCAAGAACUAUGAAGAUAGGACAGGAGAGCGGGGCUGUAUGGACGCGGCCGUGCGCUCGUGUGUGUUCGGGGCGGACGGCGCCUCCCUACUGCCCACCACGGAGCCCGGUGGCGCCGGCACGGGGUCCUCCAGCGGCCCGCGCGAGCACCCGCCUCUGCGACAGGCCAUGGUGCUUGUGUUCUGCGUGGUGGGUCUGCUCGGAUCCUACCUCAGCUGGGGCGUGCUGCAGGAGAAAAUCAUGACCAAGGAGUACGAUAACGGCACACCGGAGCGGGGCCGGUUCUCCGACUCCCAGUUCCUGGUGUUCGUGAACCGUGUGUUCGCGCUGCUGCUGUCGGCGGCGUACCUGGCGGUGGUGCGCCACCAGCGUCACCGCGCGCCCCUCUACAAGUACUCGUACUGCAGCUUCUCCAACAUCAUGUCCAGCUGGUGUCAGUAUGAGGCGCUCAAGUUUGUCAGCUUCCCCACCCAGGUGUUGGCAAAAGCGUCGAAGAUUAUACCUGUGAUGCUUAUGGGUAAAAUAGUGAGCAAGAACAAAUAUGAAUAUUACGAAUAUGUUGUUGCUAUACUUAUUUCUAUUGGAAUGACGUUCUUCCUAAUGGGAGCAACUGAGGAAAAGAACAAGGGCACGGUGACCACCUUCAGCGGCAUCAUCAUCCUGAUCGGCUACAUGGUGUUCGACUCGUUCACCUCCAACUGGCAGAACGCCCUGUACAAGGAGUACAGCGUCUCCUCGGUGCAGAUGAUGUGCGGCGUCAACCUCUUCAGCUGCCUCUUCACCACCGUCUCGCUGCUGCAGCAGGGCGGCUUCGUCACCAGCGCCCACUUCAUGAUGAAGUACCCGACGUUUCUGGCCGACUGUCUGAUGCUGUCGGUGUUCUCGGCCGCCGGCCAGAUGUUCAUCUACUACACCAUCUCCCAGUUCGGAGCCGUCGUCUUCACCAUCAUUAUGACCAUGCGGCAGGGCCUGGCCAUCCUGAUAUCGUGCCUGCUCUACCACCACGCCAUCUCUCCGACGGGCGUCAUCGGCAUCUUCAUCGUGUUCGCCGCCAUCUUCUUCCGCAUCUUCAGCUCGUUCCGGCACCGGCAGCUGAAGCGGGCCGGCCAGCAGCCUGCCGCCGGUGUCGCCAAAACUCAUCUUUCGGGCAUUUCUAUUCAUUCUGCCAAAGAAGUAAAGCACUGCUAGCACAGUUUCAGCCAUGGUCCGUCCACUCUCACUGUCGUGUUUGUGUCACCGCGUGUUCGGAAUCUCUGUGUUUGGUGGACGUACAACGACGUGUUCGGUGACCGUUGGUGUCUUUGUGUGCGCUGGAAACUUGUUUUAGGUGGGAGGUGCAUUGUUAGUGUUAAGGAAUAUUUAUUUUUGGCAAGAUCAGUGGAAGAUUGUGAUGGCUUUUUGUACUUUUUGCGCAAUGUGCUUCAAUAAAUGCGCAAAUAUUAA